UAAAUGAAUAAAAAAAAAGAAUUCUUUUCUUAUUUACUACAUGGAUACACUAUAAAAAAACAUUCAUUUAUUGACAUUGGUGAUUCUCAUAGCUUUCUUCUUGUCUUAAAAUUCAAUAUGAGCCUAAAGUAAUUUCAUUUUGAUACUCUUGAUAACCUUUAAAUCUAAAUUUAAAAGCUCAACAGUGUGUUCUGAAUGGUUAAGUUGAUACAACAAUCCAUUCAGUCUGAUGACCUGUUGUCAGUUGUUUCAAUAACCAUCAAGCUCUAUCAUCAAAAUUAAUAAAUAUAAAUUGAGCUACAAUAGACCUAGUCUAUUGUAGUACUAUAGUCUCAGUGGAGGGACACAAGGUGCCCCACUCACAAUACAAACCUAACCUAACCUAUCAUUAAACCCAUAAUACAACCUGCCGCACAUUAAGUCAUGAUCUAUGACAUUAAAAGUAGUUUUGUAAUUUUUUUAAAUUUAUUUAUUGUCCAACAGGAAAAUCCCAAUACAAAAGACAAUUAUGAGAAAUAUGAUAACAAAAAAAAAAAACUCAACUAGAGUAGUACACAAUAGAAAAAAAAAUUCAGAAAAAACUGACCCAAAACACCUCCAGCCCACCUAAUCCUGAUCAAAUCAAGAAUUUUCAUGAAUUGAAUCACCUUUUUUUUCAAAGUGGUUGUAGAGCCAUUAAAAAAGUCAAUGUUAUUCUCACUAUUUAGUGUGUUAAAUCAUGAACAGGCUCGGUAUAAAGGAGGAUUUCUGCUCAAGUUGGUAAGGGUAUUCUUAAGAUAAAAUUGAACUGACCUUCUUGUGUGUAUAGGAGAUACAAAAAAAUUUAAUUCAUCCAAAAGGUCUGGAGCACCAAUUUUAUGGCAGCAGAGUUUUAAAACUGCUAUGGUUGUGCUAUGACUUCCUUGAAAACCUGAUUGAUGUUUAGUAAAAAACCAAUUGGAAUCAAAAAUACACUGUUAUCUGGAUAUACAUUGCCUUCUCCAAAAUUUUAGAAAGGAUCAGGGACAGGGAAGCAAACUGUCUUAUAUCUGAAAAAAGUAGCUGGAUUAGAACAAGUUGUUGGCACAUUCCACAGACUAGGAAAAUAACCUCUCAAGACCACAGUUAAUAAAGUGGACAGUGUCAGAUGGAAGUGACCUCUAAAUGUUUUAGUUAAUUUUUUGAAAUACACUACAGAAAGCUUGGUUUAUUUUCUCUGAAUCUGCUAAAUUUGGAGGAAUAUUAAAGACUUCAUUUAUCAGAGUACAAACGAUAAGCAUUUGGCAUCAAUCGCAUCAGAGAUGUUGCAAGCAAACAAACUACGCAUAGUUCCACGGCAAUGCUAAUUCUAGCCUUUCAAUUAAUCUAAGGAAGGAGGUGUGGCAACUCGUCAGAGGAGGCAACGGACACUUUAUUAUACAAAAAUUUUUCAUAAAGCUUUUCCUUUUACAUAAAAACAUUUCUUUCAAAAAAUACUGACCAUGUCUUUGAUUAGUUCCAUUGUUAAAAAAAAAAUAAGACGUUCCUUCUUUUGUGUUGUGUUUGGUAAGUUGUUUUUUAUAAUUUGUAUAUUGUUAUAAAUAUUUUGCAGCAAAAAUGGAUAUAUUAGAUGAAAUUAAAAAUGCUGAAGAUAUAAUCGACUGGCUGCUCAACAAUAAUUUUAAUUCUUUAAAUUUUGAUAACAAAUGUUAUAUAAUUAAAGCCUUAGGAAGACCAAAACCAAAUUUAAAGUCGAUUAAAUCGUCAGAUAUUCGUCAAAAUCGGGGAUUUAGUGUAAAUUGGUAUACCAAAUGUGAUUGGUUAACUGCAUCCGUCAAAAAAGAAAAACUUUUUUGCUGGCCUUGUUGUUUAUUUUCAUUACAAAGCGAAUCUGCAACGUGGUCUAAAAUAGGAUACUGUGAUUUAAAAAAUUUACCUCGUUCUGCAGAAAGGCAUUCUAAAUCUAAAGAGCAUAUAUUUUCGUCUUGCAAAUUAAAACUUUUUGGGAAGCAGAAUAUGGUGACUGAAGUGAAUACAGCUCAAAAGAAAAGAAUAAUUUCUUAUAAUAAUCAGAUUCGGGAAAAUCGGUCAAAUUUGAAACAACUUAUCGAUGCAACGAUGUAUUUAGCGUCGCAAGAAUUGGCUUUUUCCAUACACGAUGAAGUCGAUGAUUACAUUAAUCGCGACAAUUACAAGGAACUUUUAUUAUUGUGGGGUAAAUAUGACUCAAGAUUAGAUAUUUUUUUAAAUGGAACUAUUUUUUCAGGAACUACGGCCCAAACGGUCCAAAAUGAGCUUAUAGAAAGUAUCUCAUAUGUUAUUCAAGAUAGCAUAAGAACAGACAUUCAAGAUAUUUCUUUUUUUGCAUGGGAAAUUGAUGAAAUCAGAGAUAUUUCUUGUGGUUCCCAACUUUCAAUCAUUUUUAGAUAUGUUAAUGAUGGUAAAGUGAUAGAGCGAUUUAUGGGAUUUCAUGAUGUUUCGUCUUGCCGCACCACAGAUGAUUUAUUUAAUUUUUUGCUCAAUAAAUGCGACAAAUUUAAUUUUAGGCAGAAACUAAUUGCACAAACUUAUGAUGGCACUGCUGCCGUGGCGAGUCAUAUAAACGGUUUGCAAACUAAAAUAAAAUCUAUAGCGCCUCGAGCACUUUUUACACAUUGUCAUGCUCAUGAACUAAAUUUAGUAUUAAUUAAAGAAUGUAAUAAUAUAAAAGAUUGUCGCAUAUUUUUUUCAAAUUUGUCUGGAUUUGUGGCCUUCUUUUCUAAAUCUACUGAAAGAAGUUACAUUUUAAAUGAAAUUUGCGGCAACCGAAUGCCUACUUUUGCUGCCACGUGUUGGAAUUCUACAUCUACAGCAGUAUUUUCAGUACACUCAAAUAAAGAUAAAUUAAUCGAUGUUUUUGAUUAUAUUCUAAAUAGUGACGAUUUUAAACACGAUGACAAAACCAUCAGAGAGGCACAAGGUUUAAAAUAUAUUUUAAAAGACCACAAAUUUUGUUUCUUGCUGGAAAUAUUUAAAUUAAUUUUUGAGCAUACAGACGGCGUUUUUUCAAUUUUUCAAAAUAACUCGAUAUCUAUCAGUUACUCAAAACAACGUUUAAAUAAUUUAACCGACAUUUUGACGCAUAUUCAAAAUAAUGAUAAUUUUUUAAAUAAUAUUUUCGAAUUAAUAAACCUCGAACCUCCUCUGAAAAAAAUAAAAACCGAUUUGAACCUACCUGAUUUACGAGAAAAUUAUAAACAGAUAUAUAUCGAAAUAUUGGACACCAUCAAUAUGCAAAUUAAAGUUAUAUUUGCCGAUUUAAGUAAAUUGGGUUUUUUUGAUUUAUUAUUAUUUAAAAAAUUUUCAUCAUAUUUAAAAGAUUUUCCCGAAGAAAUGUAUAACGACUUAUUAAGUCAAUAUCCUUUUGAUGCUAUUCAAUUAAAAAAUGAGUUAGUUGUAAUGUACAGCGACCCCCAAAUGUUUGGAAGUUGCAAGACCCCCUUUGAAUUACUAAAUUUUAUGUUUCGAAAUAAUUUACAUGAAUGUAUGCCAGAGUUAUUUAGAUUUAUUUCUAUUGUUUUAACUAUUCCUAUAACGCCGUCAGUUGAGAACAAAUAUUCAGCACUGAAAAGAAUUAAAACUUACAGUCGCAAUACGAUGAGUAAUAUAGCUCUUCUUUCAAUCGAAAAAGAGUAUAUUAAAAAGCUUGUAAUAAAUCCCAAAUUUUAUGAAGAUGUAAUAGACCAUUUUGCAAAUUCAAAAAAUAGAAAUCUACCCCUUAUUUUUAAAUCAGAAGUAUAAUUUAUUUUUUACAAAAGAAAGUUAGGUACACUAGUGAUUAAGUUUAAUUGAUAUUUUUUAUAUUUAAGUCCUCUACCAAAGUUUUUAAUUAUGUUUUGUGUAUUUAAAAAUGAUGCUAUACCCAAGAAAUUCGCCGAAAAUUAUUAUUAUAGUGUUCUUUUAAACUAGCUUAUAAGAUUAUGCCCUAGUAAGUGACCAAGGUUUUUGGCUAU